AACCCACGGACCGUGAGAUCGUGACCUGCGCUGAAGUUGGAUGCUUAACCGACUGCGCCACCCAGGCGCCCCUGCUUCUUUAUUUUUAUGAAUGCACACUGAAGUCUGCCUCUGAUGAGCCGGGUGUCCAGAUGAGUCAGAGUCGAAGGCUGAGACGAUGGUGGUGUCUCGACAUUUUUUAUAUUCACAAUCCCGUUUUCAAUACUAGGGGUUUUUUUUUUGCCAGCACUCUUGAAGGGAUUGAAGGGUACUUAAUGGGAUUCGGAAACCACACUGGCUCAACCAGAAAUCGUUGGAACGCCGUCGUGUUUACAGUUACAAAGGGGUCUCGGAAUUGUCGAUUUCGUCCUCCUCCAGCGUGGCGUCCCCAGCAGACCCGUGUGCCGCCGCCUCACCAGCAGUCUCUGAUGUACCUGUGAGACGGAGUCCUCACGUCCCCCACAGCACAGCUCAUCUUCGUUGCUAGCUUGACAGUGUGCCAUGUCAUCUGCCCUUUACCUCUCACUGGUAGCAAGGCCGGUGUCUCCCCGCCGCAUCUCGUGACACGCUCAGCUUAGUAUGUCGUCGGCAUCCAUCACUCCAAUACUAUGCAAGCUCACUGGUGGCAGAAGCUGUAUGUCAGGGGUCAGCAGACUUUUCCUGUAAAGAGCCAGAUGGUAAAUACUUUUUGCUUUGCGGGGCAUAUGGCCCCAAAGUUUCAGGGCAACUUGUACAACGGAACAGAAAAGUUCAUCUCAUCCUACUCAGAAAGGUUUCUCUAUUUACGGCCAGUCACGUCAGCUGCGCAAGCGCCCGGUCCUGACUCUCAGCGUGAGCAGAAAACCCGCAUGCUGCAGCACCCCACCUUGUCGGACAGGAAGGGGCAAGCCGAGAUGCUUGUUAUUGUUGGCACUCGUGAUUUAAAGCUGGCACUAAUACCGAGAACCGGGCAGACAGGAAAGAACUCGGGAUAAAGAAACGCAUUCAUUCCACAUAAUGUGAAACGGCAAUAAAAGAUCUACAGAAGCUUACAAUAGCCAAAAACGCCGGAGUGUCAAAGAGCUGAAGUGCACACACGCUUUUCCUGUCUAAUAUUUCAACAAAGGACAUAGUGAAUGCCAGAAGAACUAAGUACCAGUUAGAAGGCCGGACAGAAAGGGGAAAAAUCACGACAGUUUUCAAAACUUUUUUACAGAAUUGAAAGAAUCGCCACCUACCUAAAUUUUAUCAGGUGGUGGUCUGUUAGGCGAUGUUGUUGGUAAAACAGAUAACGAGCUCAUGUUGGACUAUCUAUAGCUGAGGAAUUCGAAAUCAGUCUCUCUCAUCUAUAAAGACAAAUAACACGAGUAGCACCAAGGGAGGGUAUCAGCAAGAGGCAGACCGAGGAGACGAGAAUAAAGAUUCAGAGUGAUCGCUUUUAAAUCAAAUGUGGGGCAUCCUACAAAUUAAUAUUGGGCACUCUAAGGACGGACUCCAGUCUCUCAAUCAGUCCUUAGACCUUACCAACAUGCUUUGUUUUCAUCAGCUUAGGAAAUAGAGCAAUAGUCAGCAGACUACAGCCGAUGGACCAAAUCCAGCCUGAUGCCUGUUUUGUUUAAUAAAGUUUUAUUGAGACACAGCCGUGCCCAUCCAUCUAUGGAUUGCCUAUGGCUGCUUUCUCUCUACAGUGGUCCUUUAAAUUUCCAGUUCUGGUUUGAUUUGUAAUGUAGUUUCUCAGAGUUCCUGUUGAUUCUAAAGAACUCCUGUUGAUUCUAAAUCUCAGUUAAUCAGGAUUUGUUAUACGAAAUGUACCUAUAGCGUAUAUGACACAAUUAACAGAAAAAGGCCAUAACCUUCUUCCUGUGCAGUCAUACAAGUCGUCCUAAAUGUUUGGUGGUCCUGUAUGUCUGACCAUUUCCUCUUUCACGUCUCAGGUUGACUGAGCUGCUCCAUUCAAUCCAUUAUAGUAUUUUCUCUCACGGAGUGUUGUCCCGUUAGGAAUAUCCACUUAAGCGUGAGAAUUACACACUUUAUUUUUGGCUCCUCAAUGCAAGUAUACCUAGGAGGUGCUCAGAAGAAACAGAAGGGAGGCUGCAUGAGUUAAAGCUUAACUUUUUUUAUUAGCACAAGCGAGCAAUUGCUGGCCUCCUCUGUGAGCAUCAGGAAGUAAAGAACAGAGCUUUGUAAAGAGCAAAUUGCGUCCGACCAAUUUAAUUUCCUCCUAUGACAGAGUGACGGUCCAAGAUGAUAAAGAAGAAGGAAUAGAUAUUAUCUAUAUGGGCUCUAGAAAGGCUUUUGAUUUCAUCCAACAUGACAUCUUCAUCAAUAAAUUAGGAAGGUCUGGUCCAGAUCAUGGUGCAGUUAGGUGAAAGCACCCCCCACCCCGCCCCGCCUCCAAUGGAAAGGUUUCCCUGCCAGUGGGAGCUUGUAUGUCCUUCUGGGUUCAGCAGCCCCAUCUCGGCAUUCUCUUUGGAGGAGGAGCGCCAUGCUUGGUGGGUCACCACCAGGAAUACUUCUGAAAAGCAGGCAGUGUGUCAAAGUGGAGGUGAGGGUAAGUAUGUCCUUAAAAGUGGUGCAGCCAGACCCAAGACAAAGGAAGAUGAAGUCACCAUGUAGCAUAAAAACACUUGGGCAAGAGAAGGAAAGGAAAUGCAAGGUAGAAACGACACCACCGUCACCACUGCAGGACACACGAAACUCUAGACUCUUAGCAUUCUAGCGCUAGCAGGGCCUUCCUGUCAAACUGCCCACCUUCCUCAUUUCACAGAAGGCCGACAGCCAGAGAGAAGAAGUAUGGUGCUCAGGGCUACAGGGCUGGUCAGUUGCAGGACUGAGACUAGAACUGCUCAUCGGUAUUCUUUUUACUUUAAACAAUCACUGUUGACUUUUUUAUGUAUGUCAUAUGUGUGUGUGUGUGUGUGUGUGUGUGUGUAUUUUAAGUCAAAUGUGGGAUAUCCUACAAAUUAAUAGUAGGCACUCUAAGCACUGACUACAGUCUCUCAACCAGUCCUUAAACCUUACCAACAUGCUUUGUUUCCAUUAGCUUAGGAAAUAGAGCAGUGGUCAGCAGACUACAGUUGAUGGACCAAAUCUAGCCUGAUGCCUGUUUUGCUAGUUUUACUGAGACACAGUUGGGCCUUACAUAUGUGUAUAUAUAUAUGCAUACACACACACACACACAUAUAUAUAUAUGUGUGUGUGUGUGUGUGUAUAAAUAACUUUCUUGAGGCAUUAUUUUGCAUAUCAUACCAUUCACCCAUUUCAAGCCUACAAUUCAGUGAUUUUUAGAGUAAAUUUGCCAAGUUGUGCACCCAUCACCGUAAAUCGGUUUGGAAACAUUUCCACUGUGUCUCCUCGUGGCAUUAAGUGUUAGCUCCUGUCACCUGCUGUCUCCCAGCCGUAGGCAACCACUACUGAGUUGUGAGUCCUAAAGUAUGAUUCUAGACCUAGUCUUGGAGAAAGACUUUCUGUCUCCACAGAUUUGCCCUUUCUGGACGUCUCCAUAUAUUGGAAUCAUACAGUAUAUGGUGUCACGUGUCUGGCUUCUGUCACUUAGCGUAAUGUUUUUUGCAGUUCGUCCUUGCCACGGCAUGGAUCAGUGUUUGUCCUCUUUUGUUGCCAAACAGCCCUCCAGUGUAUGGAUAUACUGCGUUUGGGUUAUUCACCAAUGGUUGGUACACGUUCAGGUUGUUUCUACUUUGGGGCCAUUACGAAUAAUGUUGCUAAUAGCGCUCACGUAUUACUGCUUACGAUUUAAGUUCGGUAGCUUUUCCCCCUCAAAUGGAGGCUAAAUUUUCCAGCAGAUGUGUCUUCUUCCCUUACUCUUUCUUCCUCCAGAUAUGGACAGUAGAGUUCCCACAGACAGCAACCAAAGUUACUAUUAAUGUUCUAAUAAAUAGCCUCAGGGGGUUAAAUAGUCCAGAGAAGAAAAGGCCUGUUAAUCUAAUAGCAGUGUUUUAUUCCAGGAUGGUUUAUGAGAAACUGGUAGCCAAAUGCCCUCCAUCUUCAUGGAAAGUAAAGGAGGGGAAUUGGAUCUAAACCUCAGUGAAAGCCACUUCAGCUGGGCCUGAGGAGGCGUGUUUUAUGUGGCGGUGGCUGCUAUCAGGUUAAUUUGCAAUAUUAUAAAAACAAAGCCCAUGUAAUUUCCUCUGAGAGGAGCUCAUGUGAAUGGAUUCCAAUCUGUCCGAGGCCAGAUGGCCCUGUGAUCCCCUAAAAGGAAGAUGGUCCUUUUGUGGUGCUUUCUUCUGUGUGGUUAGGGAAGACAUUCGGCCUUUGGUGUUCGCAGAGGCCACUUCAUUGUGCCCACGAGACCAGUUAUUGGAGUCGCUGUGUCAUAAAACCCGUCGUUGGGAGUGUUCUACACAAACCACUGGGUGUGGCAGAAGGAGACAUCGCUCCCAUGUCCUGAACAGAGCAGUGUCCCCCAGCUACUGUUCUCUCCCUGACACUGGCUAGAACAAUCAUAAUUCAAUUCUAGAAUUGCACAACUUACAAAGUAAUUUCACAUCUCAUCUCCUUUCGACUUUAUACACGAGCUUCGGCAGCUCCCGCUGAGAGGUAGACUGUCACCUGGCGGUUCAAAGCCUUUUCCAGCCUGAGUCUGUUCUGCGGAUCUGCCGUUAUGGCCUGUCGUGCCGGGCAAGGGACUGUCAUCACGUCGGUCUGUCACUUAAAGACCACGCAUCCUGUUAGCUCCUCUGUAUUUUUACUACGCUGUCCCUUCACAUCCGUCGUCUGUUUGAAGAACUCUGGCUUGCCCUGUAGUCAGGCCUGCACAUUACCUCGUGUGUAGGUAAAUGCUCUCCUUGGCAGAAUUCAUCGCACCCCUUUCGGGCACCCACCAUGCUUGAUAAUACAGCACCAUACCUUUCCUCGGUAGCCUACCUUCCCUGAAUUUUUCUUUACUCAUCGCGACUAUUUUGUCUUUCAAAGGAAUUCUGUGAUACCUAAAUACCAAAGAAUACUAUAUGCAGAUGUAAUAGUUUAGUAUUAAUAGUAGAAAUGUGAACAUAGAUGUCAGGUUAUAAUUACAACCAGUUUUCGGGGGGCGUCCUCGAUCCUUGAGCACGGCAGUCCUGAUGGAUUCACCUCUGGAUCCUAAACACUGAGCCCACGUCCUGAUACCUAACAAACGACCCUGAGUCAUUAGGAAAUAGGCAGAGAGAUGGUAUUAACCAUCAUUUUGCAGAUUUGAAAUUGAUUUCCAAAAUGCUAAGCAAUGUGAUGGUUUAGUUAUUAUGUCCUGGCCACCUUUCCUAGAGUUCACUGGUAGACCUUCCAGAGACUUCUGACGGGCUGGUGCCCUCCCUCUCUAGCUAGCAUCAAAGAUAGGGUCUCUCAAAGUAUUGUGCGGGACUCCUCGUCAUAGACUGACUUUGGAUGCUUACUGAAAAAAAUCAAACCAAAUCUCCCAAAUGCAACAAAAGCCAGACCCAAGAUCAGAAAUGAGAGGACAGUCUAUUAUCAUUCGGGAAACGCACAUCAAAACCGUAAUGAGAUGUUAGCACCUCGUACUCAUUACGACUGCCGCCCGUCAGGAUGGCUGGAAGGAAGGGAGGGCAGGAAGGAGUGUUGUGGAAAACAGUAUGGAGGUUCUUCAAAAAAUUAGACACCGACUUACCAUAUGACCCGACAGUUCUGCUUCUGGGUAUAUAUUCCAAAAGAACUGAAGGCAGGAACUUGAAGAAAUACGUGUCCACCCACAUUCGUAGCAUUAUUCACAAAAGCCAAAAAGGGGAAGCAACCAAAAGGGUUGCUAUCCACAGACGAGUGGAUAGACAAAAUGUGUUCCGUACGUACAGUGGAAUAUUGUUUAGCUUUGACAAGGAAAUAAAUGCUGACACAUGCUACCACACGGAUGGACCUUGAACACAUCAUGCUGGGUGAAAUAAGCUAGUCCCAAAGGGACAAAUCCUAUGUGAUUCCUCUUACACGAGGUACCCUAGAACAGUCAAGUUCAUGGAGACAAAAAGUAAGAAUAGUGGUUGUCGGGGCCUGGCAGGAGGUAGGAACAGGAAGUUAGUGUUUAAUGGGGACAGAACUUCAGUUUGGGAAGAUGAAAAGUUUUCUGGAGAUGGAUGGUGGUGAUGGUUGCACGAUAAUAUGAAGGUUCCUCAUGCCAUGGAACUGAGCUCCUAAAAACAGGAUGGUGAAUUCUAUGUUAUAUGUAUUCCACCAUAGUUUUUAGAAAUGUAAUUCGAAAUUUAAAAACAGGGCGCCAAGAGGUGUGCACUGUUUGACUCCAUAUAUUUAAGGUACAGCAAUUGACCGAUGGUGUUCAUCAUCAGAAUAGUGGUUACCCUUGGGAGGAACGAGGCUCUGGGGGUGGUAAUAUUCUAUCUCUUGAUCUGGCUGUGAAGAUAUGGGCGUGCACAGUGUGUGAAAUUCUCUGAGCUCUACAUAUGCCUGUUACACUUCAGAAAAGACUCCAAAAAUGUACAUCGUGAGCCCGACAGCAGGCUACAGAAUCAGAAUCUCUGAGGAUGGGACCUAGGGACCCUGCAUCUUAAUCCCCCUACCCUCUUCCAAGUUUUUCUUAAGAACACUGGACUUGGGGAAUCUUUGCUAAAGGAGAGGGAUUAGGGAACUAUCCUCCCGAUGAUCAAGAAUUCUGUUCUGCUCUAACAACAAAUCUUCCUUAGGAAAGACAUGCUUGACAUCUUUGAGUCACUUAGCUUCUGUUGGGGAAAUGCGUUGUCAUCUUUCAGAUGUGGAGAAGUCAAUGAUGUAUAGAAGCAUGUAUUUUAAUAUAUUACAUUUUAAAAUAGUAUUUUUGGUAAUUCGCCAUGCACACAAUAGCUUACGAAUAUUUUACUGAGGUGCUGUAAAAACUGGCAGGUGCUAGGACCUAAUGGAAAUCAAGUAUUCAGUAGGAGGGGAGUCGUAGCACCACGGGGCGUGGUGCCCUGUUAGCAGGUACAGAAAAGCCAGUUCUUCCACCUGUAAGCUAAUGAGACUCCAUUUCAGCUCUCUCCACGCCAUCUGCAAGGUAUCAGCAGCUUUUUCACUUGCUUGGUAAACCAAAAGCAUGUUUCUGGCAAAGGCUUUAUUGGAAGGGGCUGAUCGGGGUCUUGGGGAAGCUCUUGGAGGCCUUCUUGGAGGAGGCGGUCAGCGAAGAGGAGGAGGAGGUGGAGGAGGAAGAAAUAUUGGCGGCAUAGUUGGAGGAAUUGUGAAUUUCAUCAGCGAGGCUGCCGCAGCUCAGUACACCCCAGAACCCCCUCCCACUCAGCAGCAUUUCACCAACGUGGAGGCCAACGAAAGUGAGGAAGUUCGUCGGUUUCGGCAACAGUUUGCACAGCUGGCUGGGCCGGACAUGGAGGUGGGUGCCACCGACCUAAUGAAUAUUCUCAACAAAGUCCUUUCUAAGCACAAGGACCUGAAGACCGACGGCUUUAGUCUUGACACCUGCCGGAGCAUCGUGUCUGUGAUGGACAGUGACACGACCGGCAAGCUGGGCUUCGAAGAAUUUAAGUACCUCUGGAACAACAUCAAGAAAUGGCAGUGCGUUUAUAAGCAGUAUGACAGGGACCAUUCUGGGUCUCUGGGAAGUUCUCAGCUGCGAGGGGCUCUCCAGGCAGCAGGUUUCCAGCUAAACGAGCAACUUUACCAGAUGAUCAUCCGCCGGUACGCCGACGAGGAUGGAAGCAUGGAUUUCAACAAUUUCAUCAGCUGCCUGGUCCGCCUGGAUGCCAUGUUCCGUGCCUUCAAGUCUCUGGAUAGAGAUGCAGGCGGCCUGGUUCAGGUGUCCAUCCAAGAAUGGCUGCAGCUGACCAUGUAUUUCUGAAGCGGGCAGCGAGAAGCCAGCGCCCUCCCGGAGGACGGGACCGCCAAGAGCCUAGCCGCGCCGUCUGCACGGUGGCUGAUGCCCUGCCCGACAGCUGUCACUUCCUGCGAGCUCUUGCACCGGCCUGAAUGCUUCUGAACUGGGGCGGCCCUUUAAACAGCUUCAUUAAAACAGAUUUUUUUUUUUUUAUGAAGGAUGUUCUGAGUGGUUUGUAUGUCAGCUUUUUGAGGUACCGGACAUAUAUGGACAGAUGCGUGCGUGCUGUGGGGCGGGGCGGGGCAGAGCCCCAGCGGAGCAGAUUUUAACAGGCCGUCGCUUAUUUGGCGAGUGAGUUCCAAGGAGCAGGAAAUUUGUUGUUAUUGAGAGUGAAAUUUUGAAAAACUCCUGGAAUAAAUAAAAAAAAAGCCCUCCAGA